CGCAGAGUAGAGCAAUGGUAAUAUGGAAAGGCUUCUGAAUAACCAGCUCAACAUCGUUUCUUUGGAGCGGGGUCCUUAUACCACGUGAUGACCAUUCAAACGAAAAGGCGGCGCGUAAUGGUUGUUGUAUCUGCAUGUCAUCCUCAGAAUGUGUCCUACCAAGUUUGUGCUAAAGUGUGGGAACUUCGCCGUGCUGGUGGAUCUCCAUGUUCUGCCCCCGGGGUUGGGAGAAGAGGCCAGCUGGUUCACCGAGCAGCACAAGGAGGAAGUGUGCCAGAUGAUCAGAGAUGCAGUGGAUCAGAGGGUUCGCCACUUCCUGGAGACCAGCCACCAGAGGGGUCAGCCGAAGCAGAGGAAAGGCUCAGCUUCAGCCAGUCCCGUCUGUGUUAAAGGAGAGCGCAUCCGUCUGGCGGCCUACUUCAUGAAGCGCCACGUCAACCUGCGGUGCGUCGGGCCGCGGCGUCGGGGAGAGUUGCGUGUGUUUCCCGAGCGGCUGGUUGUGUGCGCGAGCGUUCCAGCGGACGCGGCGGAGCGGGGGGGAGGAGGAGGAGGAGGAGGAGAAGAGGCCGACCUGACCGCGAUGGAACAUAGCAAGUCGGAAUAUUUUGCUGGCCACCAUGAAACUCAAGACCCAUUAAACAGCUCUGCAAUAACAAAACGGAUCACCCUUCAAAAGAUAGCCAAAAAAGCGAGCGCCCAGGCCCAUCCCUGCCCGCGGGUCCCGGGUGGGCGGGACCAGCAGGGGGCGCCACCCCUCUCCGUUGCCAUGGAAACUGAAGCAGGGGGCGGAGCGUCGAACGAGGAGCUCGGGGACGGGGCGGAGGAGGGCGAGAUGGGGGGAGAGGACGGAGGGAGCGGAGCCCAAACCUCCGCAGGGGCUCCACGGCCGGAGGGGGCGCCCAUCCGGAACGGGCCCCGGGGCGAGAGGCCUGGGCCGGCCCCGAGGCAGGGCUGCAGGGCCCCCGGCGGGGAGCUGGCAGAGCCGCCGCAGGCCGAACUUGGCGAGGGCCGGGGGGGAAGGGCCAGGCUGCUGGAAGAGGGACAGCGAGCCAAAAGAGCGUGCUCUGGACAGGCUCCAGCGUCCCCCAGCCAGGUCAUAACAAAAACACGCUCUGCCGAGUCCUCAUCGCCGCCCGCUACAUCGCCUCCGCUGGCUGUCAGAUCGCCACCCUCUCCGGGGCCCGUUCCGGGGCCCGCUCUGGGACAGGGGCCUACGCAGCAGAAACCGAGCUCCAAACCCCUCCUCCGGCGAAAUGGACCGCAGGCAAGCCAGGGCGGUCAGGCAGGGAGCGACGGGGACGCGUCCAGCCAGCACAGCGAGAUAAAGCCAUCGGACGCAGGGCGGGGGGCGGAGAACCUGCCCAGGAAGUCAAGGCUAAAGCGCAUUAAAAAAACCUGAGGCGACGAGGAGGCGUGCCUGAUGGUGUGUUUACUCUGCUUAUGUUCACACGUACACACUAGUCACAGGUGCACUCACACAUUCGGCUGUUUUAUUCCGCAAUCGUUCGUUGUCCACAAGACCCUUCCCCCCCCUCCCACACCAGAACAUUACAACAUUAGCCCCAAAUUGAAAAGGGUAUUUGACAAAAUGCAUUUUAAAAAUCAAGCAUUUAAAAAACCCACAAAGUUCACAAAUUUUAAAGGAAUGAAUGUCUGCAAAUAUUCAGAUGUGAAUAUUCUGCAGUUUUGUAGUUCUGACUAUUUUUAGACAUGGCUGUUGUGACUAUUUCAUGAAAGACAAUUUAUGGACUAUGGUAUGUUUUUGAGCCCUCAAAGUGUUAGUCCCUCAAAGCAGCAAUGCAUGUUUAGCCAUUUUAGGCCCAAAUCCCUGCAGAUCCUUUGAGUUCACAUUGUGGUGAGGGUGAAUUUGGGGCUGAGCAGAACGUCCUCAUUGUAAUGGAAAGGAUCUAGCCGGGCACCAGUGUAGCAAACGAUUUAUGAUCAGGCAUCUCUGUGGCCCGCUAUGCAGACCACCCAGAACCAGGACAGCCAGGUGGAAGGCCCACGCUUUGCUCCGCUCCAGGCUCAUCCAAAAACGCAGAGGGCGUCCCAACAGCGAUGACUCAUAAAAGCCAACCGCGUUGAUUUAUCGCUUCAUCGUUUUUCUUAAAUGCAUUUUUACAAUAAACAACAUUGUGUCUUUAAUAAAGAUUCUUUUAUUCCCCUCUCAAUAAA